AUGUUCCUCCUCUCUAAACUAGGCUAUAUAGCUGAACAAAAUACUCAAACUGGCCCCCUACUCCAUAUCAACAGAAGCACUUUUUCCCCCUCACCACUGGCAACGCCCUCCCAAGUCAAAAUGAACGAUGACUUUGAAUUCGCUCAGCGGGGGCUUUUGAGUACUCCUAAAAGGUCUUUAGUGAUUUCGGACUUUGGGAGAGAUGUCGUCUGGAAUUUCAAUGCUUAUGCCUUCCUUGAAGAUGAGGCUCCUAACACUGUCAACAAAUUACUAUGGAGACAAGGACAGCUCUGCAGUGCAACACCCGGGCUCUAUCAAGUCAUCGACGGUAUUUAUCAAAUCCGCGGAUAUGACCUAGCUAAUAUGAGCAUUAUCCAAAUUCCGAAUUCCAAUGGGAUCAUUAUUGUCGACUGUUUGACCUCAGUUGAGACAGCUCGAAGUGCCAUAGAGCUCUACCUAGAUUACUAUAAAGACAAACAUAACCAGGACGCAGAAAUCAAGGCUCUAUUCUAUACCCACUGCCAUAUAGAUCAUUUUGGGGGUGCACAGGCAAUUGUCGAUCUCGCAAAGGCAGGUGGUAAUAGUAAUCUUCCAAUUUAUGGUCCUGACGGGUUUCUUGAGCAUGCGGUCAGUGAAAAUAUUUACGCCGGGGCAGCAAUGACGCGACGAUCCAUUUACAUGUACGGAGAAGUUCUACCCAGAUCUCCUGAAGGGCAGAUUGGAUGUGGACUGGGACAAGCUGUGUCUACCGGGGCCUCCUCGCUUGUGGCACCAUCUCAUGUCAUCACCGAGGACGGCCCUCUAAAAGUAGCUGUUGAGGGCCUGAAGAUUACUUGCCAGCUUACCCCGGGAACUGAAGCACCUGCAGAAGUAAACUUUUACUUCCCUGACUACUUGGCGCUGUGUAUGGCAGAGAAUGCUACCCAUACCCUGCAUAAUCUCCAAACACUGCGUGGUGCCCCGGUACGCGAUGGACGGCUCUGGUCACGGUACAUGGAUGAGUCGAUAGCACUGUUCGGCGAUAAGACUGAUGUCGUAUUUUCUAGCCACCACUGGCCCACCUGGAAGGAAGAUAAGGAUCUUGUGGUUAAGUUUCUGUCUGAACAGCGUGAUUACUACGCCUACCUUAACAAUGAAACGCUUCGGCAGCUCAACGAUGGAAAAACCCCUUUGGAAAUCGCAGAAGAUAUCCAGAUGCCUCCGUCGCUGAGUUCCAGGACUAAUCUCCGUGGAUACUACGGCUCUAUAAGCCAUAAUGCCAAAGCAGUCUAUGACAAAUACAUGGGUUGGUUUGACGGGAACCCUGCAUAUCUAUGGCCUCUUCCCCCUACUGCAGAAUCGAUCGAAUUCGUCAAAUGCAUGGGUGGAAAUGAAGCUGUUCUCAAACUGGCCCAGGGGUAUCGUACUGACAAAAAUUAUCGCUUUGCGGCCACGCUCCUUGACAAACUUAUCUUUGCAACCCAAAGCAACCCAGCCGAAAAGGACGGGGAGACUGCAAAGCAGGCAAAGCAAGAACUGGCAGCCGUGUAUACCGCACUCGGAUACGGUGCAGAAAACGGGCCGUGGCGCAACAUCUACCUGACAGGAGCAUAUGAACUGAAAAACGGGGCCACAGCAGCCGUCAACUCGGUUUCGUCUCAGUCAAUGAUGAACGUAAGCUUAGACCAGCUAUUCGAUACGAUAGCUAUUCUCAUGGAUGGACCAAAGGCCUUCAAACAGCCCAAGGUCUAUCUUGAGAAGGAAAUCUCAAUUGACUUCAUGGUUGAGGACAUUGCGCAGCUUAAAAAGAUGGGUGCUGGCUGGCACAUGAGACUGAGCAAUGCUGCCCUCACGGGGCAUGCUGUCGGAUACACUGCGCCUCCAAACCCACGCAGCGCCGGCGUUGCUCUCACUGUCUGGCUCAAGCAUGAACAGCUCGUGAGCCUUAUCGUGGCUGCAGCCACUGGUAAAAACCCCAACCUCGACAACCUCACUAUCAGUGGAGACGUGGACGCUUGGGCCAAAGUCAUGGCCAUUAUUACACUCCCAAGCACCGCAUUCAAUAUUGUGACGCCUUGA